AUGGAUAAGGAACAGAAGCAUGACACUACUAUUGGAGAAAAUGAAAUUAAUGAGACAAAUUUGAUUUUUGAUGAUGGAGUAAAUUCAUUGACGGCAUGUGGAACUUUGAAUGCUCAUCCAAACACAGCAAAUAAUUCAAGGAAAAGGAAGCAGAGAUAUAGUAUUAGAAGUGAUGAUGGGAGUACAGACCUGAUUCAAGCAGAGAAUUGGAUCAAGGAGAUUGAGAAGAUCUUGGUUGUUCUGCAUUGUACGAAAGAGCAGAAGGUGGCUUAUGCGACGUUCAAAUUUACUGGAGAAGCCGAGAGGUGGAGGGAAUCAGAACGUAAAGAUGGAGGAGUUUAUGAUCCUGACUCAGGGGCAGCUGUCAGUUCAGUAGCGAGGAAGGCCUGGAAGUUUGAGAGGGGUCUGAAGAAGGAGAUCCGGAAGCAGACAGUGAUACUGCAGCUUCAUGACUUUGCUACUCUAAUGGAUAAAGCUACUGUGGCAGAGGAGAGCCUGCAGGAGGACACAGAGGUUCAGAUCCAGAAGAAGAGGCCAGCGCCUCUUGGUUCUUAUUCAAGUGUGAGGCAAGGCACUUGGAAGAAAUAUAGUGGUGACGAAGGCUUACGGCGAGAGACUGGUCGUGGUACAUCUCAGGGUACCACAUCUUCGUCAGCUUGUCCUACUUGUGGCAAGGGACAUUCAAGGAAGUGUUCGUGGGGAUCAGAUACAUGGUAUCAGUUUAGUAAGCCAGGACAUUUAAUGCAAGAUUGUGGCACACCGAGGAGCAAUGCACCCCCACAAUAG